UGUUAGGAUCCCAGAUGAGAUUCAUGUGAAAUAUGAAAUAAACAUCAUUGUUUUGGGUGGAGGUCACGGCCUCCGUGGACAGAAAUGAGGACAUUAAUGUCAGUGAUGUUAAAGAGCAGUUGCGGUUUGUCACGUUACAGGCCGUUAUGAUCAUAUAUGUGCGUUCACGGUUACUGUUAUUGACAAUGUGUGGCUUUGUGUGCAUGGGCCAUUUGAAAUGAUGAAUGCCACUCUGUUCUCCUGCGCCGGCUAUCUGGCGGGGAAACAACGUGUCACUUUGUGCCUCUGAGCACAGCAGCACCAACAGACACAGGAGAACGCCCAUCCUGCUUCACUCUGUACGCACGCUACCCUUAAAGCCCACCGACACACCUCUGCCCCUCAAACUUUAUAGGUGCUCCCCUCCGACACACAUCUGCUGCAGCCUCAGUCCACAGUCCACCGCACACGUCGACACCUUCAGGGAGAAAUUAAAAUUUCAGUCAAAUUAUAAUAUAAUGGAACACUUGCUCUGCCAUUCUUAUGUACACUAGCAUUCUCACACAAACACACACACACACACACAGGCAGCCUUCCCUGCCUCUGACACCUGACUCCGCUAAAUGCCCUAGAUCCUCAGUGACAGCAGGCAGGUGGAACAGCCACACACCCAGAGAUAUCCUCGCACACGGAGCCAGUGCAGUAAGAGAGAAGACGGCAAGGCAGAUUCCAGCCGUUCAAACGACUGUUUGGGAAGAAGAAGAAGAAGCAGCAGGUAGACGGGGGUUUUGAUGGAGCGGACUUGAAAGCCAGUGUUUCUACAGGGGAAGUGUGCAAUGGAGUUGUGUCUGACGAUGAGGGGGCCGUUCAGAAUUUAAGGGAGGUCAAUCCCAUCGGAUCUCGAGCCCUGUCACACGACAGCAUCUUCAUUCCGGACGAGCCCGUGACAGAGCCCACCCUGGAUCACAGCAUGUCCCAGGAAAACGUAUCUGACAAAGUUCGGAAUCUGCAGAGACAGAUUGCUCAAGGUAUAAAGUUUGGCCAGAGACCACCUUCCCUGAGGAGGAGCGAGGGAGAUGAGGGCAGCUCAGAUGAGGAAGAGGUCCCCCAGAGCCCCCUGAAGGUGUUGGCCCAGGUGGAAGCUGAGCCACCACAACCGGAGCCAAAGGUACAGGGGACCCAGACCCACAGCACCCCAGUAAAGUCCCCACGAUCCAAACGGGUUCUUCCACCCACCGGCACGAUUGAGUCCAUCAACCUGGACGCCGUGCCACAGUCGGGUCCUCGUCUAGACAACGCAGCUGCCAAGCAUAAACUCUCCAUCAAGCCCAAAAACCAGAGAGUUUCGCGCAAGCACAGACGGUUUACACAGGAUUUCCAAGGCGUGUCCAUCCCUGGUGUUGUGGAGGAGGAACAUGAAGCAGCGGGGGUGUCUGGUGUUGAUCAGCGCAGGGCUUCUGUGGAGUCACUAGAAACCAUUAAAAAGCAGCGCCUCCACGAGGAGGAAAAAUUGGAGGCAAGAAGAAAGAGAGAACUGGAAGAGCAGAGGCUGAGACAUGAGGAAGAAGAGCGGAGGAAGAGAGCAGAGGAAUUGAGGCUACGGGAAAUAGAGGAAGAGAACGAAAGGUGUCGUAAGCAAAAGGAGGAGGAGGAGCAAAGGAGGCUCAAGGAAGAGGAAGAGGAAGAGAAAAAGAUUAGAGUAGAGGAAGAAAGGAGGAGACGAGAGGAGGAAGAGAGAAAAAAGCAAGAGGAAAGGAUGAUGCGCGAAGAGGAGGAACGUCAGGAGAGGGAGCGGGAGGAAAGGAGGCAGAUGGAAGAGCGAAGGAGGAAAGAAGAAGCAGAGAGAAGGAAACAACAGGAGAAAGAAGAGGCUGAAAAGAAGAGGAAACUGAAAGAGGAAGAAAAGGAAAGAAAGAAAAGGGAGGAAGCAGAGAAGCUGAGGUUGGAAGAGGAGGAAAAGAAAAAACUGGAAGAAGAGGAGAAGCAGCGAAAAAAAGAGGAGCAGAGGAAGUUACUGCAAGAGGUUGAUGAAGGCACAGAUCCACAGGAGAGGAAGAGGAGAGCAGAGGAGCUGCGUUGGAAGGAGAUGGACGAGAGGCAGCGACCCUUCUCCUUCAAGGUUUCCUCUGGUGAGAACCAGAUUUUGUUCCAAAAGGUCAACCUAACACCUGUUACACCAGCUUCCAGUCACCAGAGCGGCGGUACUGCAGAACAAGGAGAGGGAGUUAAGGUGUCUCCCCCUGAGGGACCAGAAUCCCCCAACCUUCCUGCUUCUUCAUAUGUCCCUCACACAGCCAUCUUGGUGACAGGAGCACAACUCUGUGGUCCAGCUGUCAAGUUAGACCAGAUCAGAGACACCGCCUGUAAAUCACUGCUGGGCCUGGGAGAUGACAGGAAGGCCCAGGGAACACCACCCAUGAAGAGCAAAACGUCCCCUGACCGCAAGUCCGGCAAAACUAAAUCCCUGACCGAAGCUACGGUCUCCUCAGACGCAGACGUCCUGGCAGAAUGGGCGAGUAUCAGAUCAAAAAUAUUCAAGGGUGUUGAAGAGGGGAAGUAUGAAGAUUACCUGGACGGGAACAGAAAGCUCGCUCAGCCCAGUGGUGAAGACCAGCCUGCCUUCCCUCACGCUAACCUCAGGAAGACCAUGUCCGCCAGCGCCAAGUUCUCCAUCACCCCGGCCAGGAUGAAGUUUGGAGAUUCAAACAGAAACUCAGAGGUGUUCUGUGCCGAAGACAAGGAGGUGGGAGAGCUGGCCACUCCCCCGGAGAGACCCACCACACUCUCGCCAACUCCGACUAACAAAACCCAGAACAAGACGAGCAAAACUGUCCGAAUUGUAGAGAGAGGGUCCGAGGAAUGCGUGUUUGCCAAAGACCUUCCCUCUUUCCUGGUUCCAAGUCCUGGAGCCAAAUCUGAUGGAGCAGAGUUGAAGAGCAGAAGUCAAAGUGAAACAGGGAUGUUUGAAAGUAGAGAGGAGGGAGACGAACAGGAUGGGGAGGAGAACCCCUCACCUUUUGGCAUAAAGCUAAGGAGGACUAACUACUCCCUGCGUUUUCACAGUGAACAGUCCUCUGAGAAAAGGAAGAAACGCUACAGCGCCGGGGACAGCUUCGAUGGCGUCCCUUCGCCACUCACCCCCAUGGAGUCGGACUUUGAAGUGUCCUCCGUCUUUUCCGACAAAUCCAGUCCUGAUUCUCCACAGAGAGAAGGCAACAUCUACAAGUACCUACACGCAUCGCCCUCCCCUUCUGGCCCUCGGGCAAAACUGGGAAAGUCUCCUAGCCCAACCUCGCACAGUGAAGGGGAGAAAGUGUUUUCAAAACCACCGCCCUACCGAAGGUCGGCCACCUCACCCAAACCUACAGGUUCAGUCCUUACACCUCCCCCAUCACCUUUGCCUAAACUUGUCCAUGGGCCUUCGUGCGACGCCUCCGUUCAGAGGACAGCGUGUGUGGAAUUGUUCAGUAGGGAGCAGACACUCCAGGAACCUUCACCGGUGGCUCAGGUCCUCCACAGCAGCCAAGGCCAGGUCCAUGGAGAGGAGGAGCCGAAGGAGAAGAGAUCAUUCUUCCCUUCGAUCAACAUCCCCUGGAGGGAGAAGGUGGACAGAAAGACAGAGCUCAUCAAGAAAGAUAAGCCGUCCCUACAGAGCAGACACUCACUGGACAGCACUAGAGUCCAGGAGAAGGAGGCGGGGCCCUUAUGGAUCACCCUGGCGUUGCAGAAACAGAAGGGCUUCAGGGAGCAGCAGCAGAGCAGGGAGGAGCGCCGUAGCCAAAGAGAGACCAAGCUGGCUGAGAAACAAGUCAGAGACAGUGUUACACUGGUCAGCCCCACUGAGGGCAAAAGCAGUGGAUGCUUCAGUCUGUCUAAACCUCAGACACCAGAGGAGCCGAAGAGACCUGAGAGUCUGCUGGGACGACUGGAGCGAAAAGAGCAACUGAAAAAAGCCAACACUUUACCAAGCUCUGUAACUGUUGAGAUUGCGGACUCUACGCCGUCGCCAACUGCUGUUAAAGAGGUGUCAAAGCGCUUCCCCUCCAGCGAUUCCCCGCAGGUAUCCACCGAACCCGCCUGGCUGGCCCUGGCCAAGAGGAAGGCCAAGGCCUGGAGCGACUGUCCUCAGAUCAUCAAAUAACACUUUGACCUGCAUCAAGUCUGCACACUGCCCACAGACACUCGAGCACCGGGGAAGUCAGCAUCCAUUAAGAUCCCAUCUGUCGACUCCUGACUGAAACAAGUAGAAGUCCGCUCACCUCACCAUCACACACACACACACACACACACACACACACACUGGCUGGUUCUAUAGAUAAAAUAAAGUGCGCUUCACAUUCAAAUAAUCCAGUACAACUGCACACAUUAUUUAAACAGCUGUUGCAAGCAUGCACAUAUUAUACUAACAAAGAGAGGACAGAGAGUCCUAUGCAGCCAAUCACAGCCAUGGCUGGCCAUUGCAAUAGCCAACUUCAACUGUUUUUAUUUUAAUAUUUUUUUUAUAUUUGAAGCAACUGUGACACCAUGGUUG